UCUCACAUUAGCUCCGCACAAAAACGUACGAAGUGAUCAUACGGCGUCGCGCGGGGAGAGGGAUCGGCGCGGGCGCCCCGUCUGCUCGUCAGUUGGACCGAUGUUUGAUGGAGGUAGGCCGUUUUUGCAGCAUGCGCUAAGCUUGUAUUCGCUUCGAAUAUAAUACAAUUGAAUAAGGUGUUUUGCAUGUAAAAAUAUAUUUUUAAAUAUGUCAAGAUCACGCAAAAUGUUAAAUAUGUUAAAAGAAGUUAGAGAGGAGUCUGGGAUUUUUUUAUCGUUUUCACAACCUGCUGUAAAAGUAGCAAAAACUUUAAUUUCUGAUGUGAAUGUUAAUGACAACACAUGUAAGCAGCCAACGUCACCACUGCCUCAUGGUGCAGAAGAAAUUAGCCAGGAAUUAGCAGACGUAUGGGAGGAAAUUAUGCAAGAAGAUUGUAGCCCCAAAAAAAUUACCUGCAGCAGCUCAACACCGAUUGUUAUGUCUGAUAAGUGUGCCGAUAAUAGUAAUAAUAACAGUAUAGAAAAACUACCCCAAGAAAAUAUCCCUCAAGAAAUAACCUGUGAUAGCUCAAUACAGGUAGCUACAAAUCAGCCAUCUCCCGAUGAUGUUUACAGCAACCAACCUAGCCUAUUACCUUUGGAAGUGCCUUCUAGUUUUGAAAAUUCACCCCAGAUUGAACUCGAAGGUUUAGAAAUUUCACAGCGGUCAAACCUAGUUCCUUCAGAACUAUAUGAACCAACUCCAAUUCCAUCACCAACUAAUGUUCAUUCAGUCUGUGAUAGCAUAUUCUGCCCAUGUCAUGAAGGCAAUUAUUCUGUAACUUCCGUACAGUCAUUCAGCACAACAAAUUCGCCAGCUACUUCCCAUUUAAGCCUUCCAACUGUGACCCGCAGAACAUCGAAAAAGCGACAAAAGCGUGUAAAAGAAUGGGCUGACAUUAAACGAAAAUGCCUUAAAAACUUGGGUAAGAAAUAUGUUACCAAAAAAGGAAAAUCCAUAGAUGAAAAAACGAUGGGGGCGUCUUGCAAAUGCCGCUAUACAUGUCCAAAUAAAAUUACUUACCAGCAACGGUUGGAGUGUUUCACUAAAUUUUGGCAACUUGGCGAUCGAGCUAAGCAGUGGAACUUCAUCGUCAAGUAUACGGAUAAGACAAAGAAAAAACGUUGUCUCAAUCAAGAUGCUCCAAAUAAUAGGAAAUAUACUUAUAAGUAUUAUCUACCGCUGAUUACAGAUUACAGUGAAUCUCACUGCGAGAAAACAGAGGUGUGUCAAACUAUGUUUCUCAAUACACUUUCGGUUUCUACUCGUAUCGUAAAGACGGCUUGGAUGAAGUACGAUGGUAGUGCUAUUAUAGAAGAGGACCAAAGAGGCCGCCAUGAUAAUCACAAAAUUGUUAUAGAUGGAGCAAUGAAACAAAGCGUUUGUGACCAUGUUAAUUCAUUUGAUCCUGUUGAAUCUCAUUACUUACGCAAGGAUAGUGAAAAGCUCUAUUUACCGGGACACUUAAGUAUUGCAAAAAUGUUUAAGUUAUACCUUGAAUGGUUUGAUGCUGAAAAGUACAGCUCUAAAGCUACAAAAGAACGUCAGUAUCGGGACAUCGUUAACUGUAAUUUUAAUUUAGUUUUUCACAUUCCUAAAAAGGACCAGUGUGACGAUUGUCAUGUGUUCCGAAUGAAAAAAAUCCCAACAGACGAAGAAAAAGAAGCUUUUCAGCAACACCAGAAUAAUAAGAAGGUCGCAAGGCAACUGAAAAGCCAAGAUAAAAAAGACGCCGAGGAGUCAAACGGAAAAAUAGUUACUUCUGUGUUUGAUUUCGAAAAGGUACUACAGUGUCCUCUUGGUGAAAUCAGCAUAUUUUACUAUAAAAGAAAACUCUCUGUUUUUAACUUCACGGUUUAUGACAUGGGUAAAAAAAAGGCUGUUUGCUAUAUGUGGGAUGAAUCUGUGGCAAAACGUGGCGCAAAUGAGGUGAGCAGUUGCCUUUUGGAUUUUAUUCAGACUAAUGUUGAACAAGGGGCCAAUGAGUUUCGCUUCUGGUCAGAUAAUGCAACUGGACAAAAUCGUAAUCGUUUUGUGUUUGCCUUGUACGUUUACGCUGCAAAAAAAUUCAAUAUACGUAUAACACACAGGUUUAUGCAAAAGGGCCAUACCCAAAAUGAGGGUGACAGUGUCCAUUCUGUUAUUGAAAGAGCAUCUCGCGCUAAAAUUAUCUAUACCCCUCACGAAUGGCGUUUAUUAGCAAAAUGGGCGAAGAAUGAUGGUGAACCUUAUGUUAUUCGUAACAUAUCUCAGAAUGAUGUAUUUGAUUUUAAAAGUCUUGUUAAUGAUAAGGUUUGGCUGAAAGACAUUAGAGGAAUGAAGAUUAAUUGGAGUAACAUUCGAGAAGUGCAUGCGGACGGUAGUGAUUCCAAUAAGUUGUUUUUUAAGUAUGACCAGACUCAACCUGAAUUUAACAUUUUGGUGAUUGGCGGUAACACUAGAAACUCAGUCCAAAGUGAACUGAAACAUGCAUAUUCAGAACCUAUUAAGAUUUCUGCUUUUAAAUAUAAAGAUUUAAUGGAUAUGUGCCGCUUAGAAGUUAUCCCUAAAGAAUAUCAUCCAUAUUUUAAUUCUUUACCACAUGACUAAUAAUGUACCUUCUACGUUUAUGUUCGUUACUAUUAUUAUAAUACAAAAAGUGAAAGACUGGGUCAUUUUAUGUGCUAAUAAUUACUGUUCAAUCUAGUGCCAUAAUGAUUGUUUAAUUUUUAUUUUGAGAUUUUUGUAGUAAAAACGUGUUAAAAAAAAUAUUUUUAUUUUAUUACCAAACUAACUGUUUCCCCUGACUUUUUCCACGUCCUCCGUCCUUAAAAUAUGUUUAUAAAACCUAAAUGGCACUUGAAACCCACAGUAAAUACCGUGCUUUCUAAAAUACGGAAUCAUCUCGCGUUAUAUAGGACCAAUAUGUCAAAGGUAACUCUGACGAACAACGACCAAUAUAAACAUAAAACGUUUCUUAAUUCAGACUUCUUCGUAAAACAACGUACGAUGUUCACUAUGGACCCUCCUUAUUCCACGCUAAAAUGUUCUAUAUUGACAUGGAACUCACUAUUUCACGAAAUUAAAGGAUUAUAAAAAUAUACUAUUAAAUAUUUGACUAGGCCAAGACACAGCAACAACAUAUCAAAAGUUCUUAUUAUCAACUCUCUCCAUUUAAGAGUUAUAUUAGUCAACAACUUCUCUGAACUCUACUGAAAACCUUCAAUAUCGCAGACCGGACUUUAUUCUACGGAGUAGUCGAGAUA